UUUUUCUAAAGGGAUUGUGGGAUGGCGUUGAUCGCCUUUGUUAAAUUAUAGCCCCUAUGCACUUGUUCCAGUGUGUACGAUAGAUUAUUUUAAAAAUAUUUGGCCUUGUUCUUGAAGGCUAUUAUUUUGUAGUCUAUUUUGAUUAUGCAGGAAUGUCUUAAGCUACAGUAAAUUGAAACACAUUGACUUCUGAAAGGUGUUAAAACAAACUGCACAAUGGCUCUUCCAAAUUUUAGAGGUGGUGCUGUUGUUGCUUCUCCUAUUCCUUUGAAAUCUAAGCUUAUGCCCAGUACCCCUGGAACAUCUGAAAAGGAUAAAAAUAAUUCAAGUCCGUUUUUGCCCUCUAGUCAUGGGCAUCCCAGUUUCAAUCCCACAAAAACAAAGGGUGUAUCAUCUGCUAGUAAAGGCUCAGGAACAUCAGAAGGUCGUGUUCCUAAGCCACCUAAGCCCCCAGAUAAGCCACUUAUGCCUUACAUGCGUUAUAGCAGAAAGGUAAUAGGAAAGGUAUGGGAGCAAGUGAAGGCUCAAAAUCCCGACCUGAAGUUAUGGGAAAUAGGAAAGAUUAUUGGCCAGAUGUGGAGAGAUUUAUCUGACCAUGACAAGCAAGAAUUUCAAGACGAGUAUGAAGUUGAAAAGGUUCAGUAUACUGAAGCUUUGAAAGCCUAUCAUAACUCUCCUGCCUAUCAAGCCUGGGUGGCUGCUAAAGCGGAGAGAGAAGCUGUUGAUGAAGAUGAACCAAUUUUAAGGCCUGAACGCCCUCCAGCCUCAGCUCAAAAACCUAGUACAAAACGAGAAGGCUCGCAUUUAUACAAUGAAUUAUACGGUUUUCAGAGUUCUAAAGGUGAUGGGUCCCGUAUUAGUAUUCUUCCAACUGAGGAUGAUGAAGAUUUAGAAGAUGGCUUCACCACUAAGCAUAUUGCUCAAGCACGUUACCUUCGAAAUCACCGCCUGAUCAAUGAAAUCUUCAGUGACACUGUUGUGCCUGAUGUUAGAAGUGUAGUUACUGAAGCAAGGAUGACAGUACUAAAACGACAGGUCCAAUCUCUUACCAUGCACCAGAAAAAGUUGGAAGGAGAGUUGCAUCAAAUAGAAGAGAAACAUGAACAGAAGAAAAGAAAAUUUAUGGAAUCAAGUGAAACAUUCCAUCAGGACUUAAAGAAGCUGUGUGAAAGUAAGCCCCAGAUAACUGAUGAGAUGUUUAAUAACAUGGUAGCUAAAGCAAUUAAGGAAGAGAUGAGAAUGCGGAUGCAACAGUUGGCUAGCCAGCAACAAGAUGAAGAGAGAAAGAGGCAGCAACCAACAGCAGGACAUGAUGAUUUACAAAUGGGUGUGGAAAGAGGGCCUGAUAAUUCUUUAGUUCCAAGUUCAACCCUAAUGAAUGGCAACCAUGAACCAAUGGAAGUAGACAAAAAUGCAAAUCUGACACAAAGUCAAAUGAUGAUGGGCAAAGAAUCUCAAGUUAUUAUGGCCCCUGCCAUCGAGCCACACAUAUCUGAUACAGCCACUCCAAGUCCUCCCCCAAUGCCAAUAAGUGAGGAGAUGGGAACAAAUACAACUCCUGAAAAAAGUGGCACUGAAUCCCCUGGGACUCCUAGUACAGCUGGAUCAGAAAGGGAAAUCACUGGUGAGAAGGAAAUGUGGCAGCAGAAGACAAAGUCUGGAAAAGUGAAGAAAGUGAAGACCUCAGGAGGUGAGUCUUCCCCUGGCAAGAGAGAGAAGGCAGACAAAGGGGACAAAAAUUCCCGCAAGUUCCUCUGUGAUGUUUGCAACAAGGCUUUCAAACAGAGACAUCACCUCACCGAGCACAAACGCCUUCACAGCGGCGAAAAGCCAUUUCGCUGUACCUACUGCGACAAACGGUUCUCCCAUUCUGGCUCCUACAGUCAGCACAUGAAGUACAGGUGCAAGGUGAUUGAAGCGCUCACACCCAAGGAUGAUGAUGAUGGCACAGGGGACCAGAGCCCAUAGAGAUGUUGCGACCAUAAUUGAAAUACUGGACCCUGUUGGGUGUUAUGUUGCAUUUUAAAAAUUUUAAUAUUGUUUAUUUAUAACUGUGACAUGUCGUAUCUUAGUGUUUUUAUUAUGACACACACACAGUGCCUUUUUAAUCUGACAAAAAUUGUAUAUUUACUUAAAUAGAUAGUGUAUAACAACUACAAUUGAUAAUUUAGGAGUUGCAUAUUUGUACAGCAUUUUUAGCAUGUUAAAAUAAAAUGAUGGGAAAGCCACAUACAACAGUCUGUAAGCUAAAUCUUGAAUCUGUCCAUGCGACAAUUACAGUGAUUUUAGACAGUUUUAUUAAUGUACAACAAAAUACUUUUGUGUUGAACUAAGCAGUACUGCAUUGAUUUUAUGAUUAUGGAAAAGUCAUUUUUUGUACUAAUUUGGUAGCAUAAUAAACUAAAUCUUUUAAGGUCGAAAAAGAAAGAAGUAUUUUUUUCUUCACUUAUACUAGAUAAAAAUCAAUCAUCUUAUAAAGUACUAAGUUUUAAAUGUAGAAAUUAAUUCUAGUCAUUUAAAAUCUAAACUACAAUCUCAAUAUUUGCAUAAUUGUCUUAAACAUUUUUCAUCAAUAUUUGCUUUUUGUAGUAAACAAUAAAACUAAUUAUAUUGUAGUAUCAAUUUCAUAACUUCGGUUUAAGGUUGUUUUUUAUAUGAAUCUCAAUGAUAGUUUGUUUUACAGCGUGGUUGUGUAUAUUAAUUUAUUAUUCAUAAUAUCAGUCAUCAUGCUUAUAAACCAUUGUUAUUGAACAGUAGAUCUUAUAAUGACUAAUCUUAUGAACGGGUUCGGAGUACAAGAUCACACUGCCCAUUUAUUUUGCUGUUUGUGCCUUAUAAUAUGUCUAGUUUUUAUUUUAUUUUUAUAAUUGUGUUUAAAAAUUAUGAAAAAAAAUGUCAAACCGUUGUAAAAUGACUCUGGUUUUUUUUAUGAGUAGUUACCUGUACAAUCGAUUUAAGAUUAUUUCAACCUGUUUUACUUUGAAUAUUUGUCAUCUAGUCCAAAGAAAUAUUUUCCUUUUAUUUACCUUUAAAGAAAAUUAGUUAUAUUUUUUUUUUCAUUUUAUUUAUUCAUAUUUCCUUUUUGUGUUUAUUACCACAAUUUCUUUUGUGCAUUUACCUUUCAUCUCUCAUUUGAUCUCAUGAUGGGGUUCGGCUACAAUCAUUAAGUUUUGAUUCUUUUAAUUUAAUAAAAACUUAAUAAAAUUUAAAAACAAAUCUCUCUGCCCAAAUUGUUAAUCUCAGACAAAAAAAAAAGUGUUAUUGCUGUUAUGCAAAUUUUCUUUGUAAAAAUGUAAAUUGUAGCUUUAGUUGUUUUUUUUUGUAUCUUAGAACCUUAUUUUUUGAUGGAAAAUAAUAAGUUUUAAAGAGCAUUUCUUGUCUGUAGUAUUAGUUUAGCAAUAACUAUUCAUUUUAUUAAAAUGAAAUGCUUUUUUAAAAUUUGCUGCAUUGAACAAAUUACAUUCAUUUUUUCAUUUAAAUUUCUUUUUUUUUUCUUUUUUAAAAAAAAUGUAUUUAUUUUAUUUUUUUUAAAUAUAUAUAAAUACAUGUGGUUGUACAUCAUUUAGUAAUGGAGACUAUUGUCAUACUUGUAACAUGUUGCAGCAGUGAUAAAUUGCAUUAAUAAGAUGAAAUUGGACCUUUUUUUUUCAUGAAACUGAUGAUGGUGCUAAAAGAUAUAUCAAUAUGCACACCACAAACCUGUUUAUAUUUUAUUAAACCACAUUUUAUAUUGAAACUGCUAUGAAAGAAAUAUUCUGUUAUUCUAUUACACUGCUGAAAACUGCAAAUACAAUAUUAGUAGUACAAAAUGUAGUUAUUGAUUUUUCAAUAGCUGCAUGUAAGUUGUUACUGACUUUUUAUUAAAACCAUUUUUAAAUGAUUAAUUGUCCAUAAUAUUACUUAUCUUUUAAAAGGUUGAAAUUUAAACUAAAUGUACAAUUUUACAUGUACACAUUCAUCUUUAGAAACAUAUCGUAAUGAUUUGAAUACUUAAAAAUUUCAUUUCAAUCAAAUUAUGGACACUUUUUGUGUGAAAUGUAAAUAUUUUUUAUGAACAAAGGCAUGCCUUGUGCAAUUGUACUUAAAUUGUAAUAACCUGCUACUUUAUUGUUUCACAACUUGUUCUGAAUAGUUUUACUUUGCUUAUGAAGUGUUUUUUGAAAAGGGUUGUGUUGGGUCAGUGCCUUAUUCAAAUGGCUCAUAUGUUAUUUGUACUUAAUUUAGUAGUCCAUCAGGGCUUAGUGAAAUAUAUAUUUCUUAUAAUGCAUACUUAAAUUGUUAAUAAUGAAAUGUUAACCAAACUCUUUUUUACAUUCUAUAAAAUUCUAGUGUUUAAAUUAUCCAAUUUUAGAUUUCCCCUAGCACAUUCAGUUUCUUUCUGCGUGAAAAGUUAAAAUAAAAAUAGAGAUUAUCAAGUUUAACUUAAAAAUACAUCAGCAGUUUAUCUCAAAUCCAACAGUUUUUAUUUGUGAAAUUUGACCAUGAACCCAUCUCAGGUAUUUUAUUUUUAAGUCAAGAUGGUCUUUUUGUAUUUCUAACAUUGUUUGUCUAAUUGCUUGAGCUUUUAAUGUACUUAUGUUACAACCACAUGACUUGUACUGAAAUACAGUAUAACUAAGGAAAUGGUUUAUAAAAGAUGGAAUGCUUAGCUUAACUAUGCCAGACUGAAGUAGUUUAAGGUUUCAAAUAUAAGCUCAGAAUAGUCAUUUUUAAUAUGCAUCCCUGUUGAAUAGCAUUUUUUAAUCAUUUACCACAAAAACAUGAGAUUUAUUACAGUGAAAAGUUUAAAAACUUGAAUGAAUGUGCUAUAGCCAUCAUUAGACAUCCUGUCUAUGAAUCAUGUUUGCUUGUGUUAAUAUAUUAAUGGUCUGCUUGUGUUGAUAUUGAGUUACAUUAAUGGUCUGUCAUCUUAUGUGCUGUCUAGUCGUGAGUAAAUCUCUACAUAGAGUAUAUCUCAUACAAUUAUUUUGCUAUCAAACAUAAUUUUUUAUUUUAUCAUGCAAAACUUCUUAAGUACAUACAUAUUUUUAUUAAUAAAUUUUUUUUUUAAAACUUUAACUUUUUGUUAAA